UUCCCAGAGUACGUGCGUAUGGAAAUGGAUUUAAUGUGUCUAAACAAUUAAUAAAAACAUCUAAAAUGGGGAACGCUGACACAAAAUUAAACUUUCGGAAAGCUGUGGUCCAGCUGACAUCGAAAACACAGCCUAUCGAGGCGUCGGAUGACAGUUUCUGGGACCAGUUCUGGUCGGAGAGCGUGACGAACGUGCAGGAUGUGUUCGCGCUGGUGCCGGGGGCGGAGAUCCGCGCGUUGCGCGAGGAGUCCCCAAAUAAUUUGGCGACUCUCGUGUACAAGGCUGUGGAGAAGCUGGUGAAGACCGUGGACAGCAGCUGCCGCACACAGAGAGAACAACAGAUCGCCUUAAACUGCGCGCGCCUGCUCACACGGGUGCUUCCGUACAUGCUUGAAGAGCCAGAAUGGCAGAGCUUCUUCUGGUCUUCGCUGCCCGCUGCGGAGAAUGAGUCUGUGCCGCUGGCGCAGUCUCUCAUCAAUGCAGUUUGUGACCUGCUGUUUUGCCCCGACUUUACGGUGGCGAGUACUCGGCGCUCGGGCCCGGAGCGCGCCGAAGAGUUAUCUUCUCUUGACAGCUGCGAAUACAUCUGGGCCGGUGGAGUAGGCUUCGCCCGCGCGCCGCCGCGCUGCGCCGCUCACGAGGCGGCCAGAACGGAGCUAUUGCGGCUACUGCUUACAGCGUUCAGCGAAACUGUGUACAAGCCGCCUCAUCAGACACACCAUAAUAAGUGGAUCGCGUACCUGACAAGCCCGGACAACCGCCACGCCCUGCCGCUAUUCACAUCCUUAUUGAACACAGUGUGUUCCUACGACCCGGUUGGGUUAGGCUUGCCUUACAACCAUCUACUCUUCAGUGACACGCUCGAACCACUCGUUGAGGUGGCUCUGCAAAUUUUAAUCGUCACGCUGGACCAUGACACAAGUAACGCUAUGAAUGAAGAUUCGGAUGAGGCCCUCCCAGACAACCUGUUCAUCAACUACCUCUCCCGCAUCCAUCGCGAUGAGGACUUCGCCUUCGUGCUCCGUGGCGUCACUAGAUUACUGAACAACCCGUUGGCACAAACAUACCUGCCUAACUCAGCCAAGCGGGUAGCCUUACAUCAGGAGCUACUUGUUCUGUUUUGGAAGAUGUGUGAUUAUAACAAGAAAUUCAUGUACUACGUUUUAAAGAGCAGCGACGUAUUGGAAGUGCUCGUGCCCAUUUUGUACCACCUCAACGACUCGCGCGCUGACCAAUGUAUUCGUUUGAAAACUACCGCGACGGAUGCCCGCGUCGGCCUCAUGCACAUUGGCGUGUUCAUUCUCCUCCUGCUCUCGGGAGAGCGAAAUUUCGGCGUGCGGCUCAACAAGCCUUACACCGCUACUGUGCCUAUGGACGUCCCUGUCUUUACUGGGUCACAUGCUGACUUAUUAGUGCUGGUGUUCCACAAGAUAAUAACUACUGGGCACCAGCGUCUGCAGCCGCUGUUUGACUGUCUUCUUACUAUCUUGGUGAAUGUGUCACCGUACCUGAAGACGCUCUCGAUGGUGUCAUCCAGCAAACUCCUACAUCUGCUAGAAGCCUUCAGUACGCCCUGGUUCCUGUUCUCAGCGCCUCAGCAUCACCACUUGGUCUUCUUCUUGCUAGAGAUGUUUAACAACAUCAUCCAGUACCAGUUUGAUGGUAACUCGAAUCUGGUGUACACCAUAAUCCGCAAGCGAGCCGUGUUCCACGCGCUGGCCAACCUUCCUCACGAGCACACCGCCAUCGCGCGCUCCCUGCAACACACGCACGACAAACUGCCCAGGUCGACGAGUGCGGAGUCAGUAGCGGAGCUCGCCAUGGAAGGCUCGCGGCCCGCGCAGCCCGCCGAGCCCGGCACGCUCAACGCCACGCUGCCAGACACUCCGGCAAUCGCAGCCAUGACAGAACGUGAGUCAGCGCACCCCAGCGCCCAGCAACUAGAAAACACGCAGUCUUUGCUGGAAAGCCGUAGCGGCGGGGACGGUGAAGAUUGCGAGCCGGACGCCAUUACUGAUGGCGAAGAGAUGCAGCGGCCGAAAACUCAUCGGGACAGUAUAAAGUCCACAGCCAGUAUUCGCAGCCCGACCACCGAAGGCUGGCGCGCCAGCGCCGAAUGGGUGGCCAGCUGGCGGGGCAAGCUACCUCUGCAAACCAUCAUGAGACUGCUCCAGGUCUUGGUACCGCAGGUGGAGAAGAUCUGCAUCGACAAGGGCUUAACCGACGAGUCCGAGAUCCUCCGCUUCCUCCAGCACGGAACACUGGUCGGCUUACUCCCGGUGCCGCACCCCAUCCUCAUCCGCAAGUACCAGGCCAACGCAGGCACGGCCGCCUGGUUCCGCACCUACAUGUGGGGCGUCAUAUACAUACGAAACGUGGACCCGCCGAUAUGGUACGACACAGACGUGAAGCUAUUCGAGAUCCAGAGAGUCUGAGCGACUUGAAGAGGCAGCUGAGUAUUUAUUGUGUAUCCUGCAAUUGAGAGUCGGUCAGUCGACUUUCGUUAACUACUUAUCGUCACUGUCACUACUUUGAAAAAAAUCUCGUAUCUCACACCGCUACUCUACGUUGAAACGCAGUAACUUUAUAUCACACCUCGGAUACUGGCGAUCAAAUAUAUUGAACGAGGCGCAUUCUUAGCACACAGUCUAAGCUCGUGUAGGUGAACGCGUACUAUGCUUGCAUGAGUGAAAUAUGACAGGUCGACUGUUCGUGUUUUUGACUGGC